AUGAUGCGAGCCCUGAUGAAGCGAGUGGUGCGAGGAGUGCGGCAUGAUGUUGAGAAGAGUCAAUUUGUCUGCGAGGUUCGACGAAACAACACGGCUCAGAUGUUGGGCUGCCUCAUGUACAACAUCAACGGCGGCAACAUGGACCUGUACUUCACCCACGAACUGCGAGCCGGCCGCGGCGUGGCACGAGCAUUGUGUGACGAAGCCUUUAAGUACGCUCGUACGUUCAAAACGUGUACCUUCCAGACAGAGCCACUGCACGUUCGGCCACGUCACUACUUCACACAGGCGUUGUUGUCCACAAGUCAAAACAAAUGGGACUCUUUUCAUGGACCAGAGUGGUAA